UUUGGUAUAUAACCUUGUUGAAAAGAUAUUGAUCUCUUUGAUCAAUUUUACAAAAUGCAGUAAGGUUAUUUUAUCAGAUAAUGGCAUGUUAAUAAUGUAGCUUGUUGUGGCAUCCAACGAAGACGAUUUCACAAUGAAAUGGAAUUACUGCAGUAUGGUUUGAUUCUGUGUACAGCAAUUGAAUUGUUGCUGAUAACACUUCAAUUUCUAGCCAAAUCUGAGUUCUACAGUGAAGGUGGCAUGACUCACGGUGUCUCAAGAAGUUCAGUUUGUAAGAGUAUUUGGCAGGUGCUAAAAGCUUUAGACCGCCGCUUGAAUACUGUGGUAUUCCCUACAUCGGAGAGUGAACUGGUCCAAGUGAAACAAUUUUUUUUUGGUAUAGCCGGAAUUCCAAAUGUGAUUGGAGCAGUGGAUUGCACACGCAUCGCCAUGUUAGCCCCAAGGGAGAGAGAAGACAUAUAUGUGUGUCGGAAAGGAUACCAUUCCAUUAAUGUACAAGCUGUUGUAGAUGCAAACAUGAGGUUACUCUUUUUCUCUUUGUAUAAGUUUGUGAAAGAACUGACAAAAAAGCAUAUCUAAUGAUUAUCUCCAAAGGUUGAGGGAUGUUGCUUUGGUGUUGUCUGUCUGUUCUACUGUUUAUCUGUCUG